CUUCCUUCCUUUUCACGCAGCUAAGCUUCAAAGCUCGGCAAAAUGUCCGCCUCAAUUCAUGACCAGAAACCGCAACAUGUCUCCAUUUCACCCCUCCUCAAGAGACUCGCCUACCCCGCUACGGAACGCCGGGUCGAAGCUUCGGAAAUUGCCUCAGCAUUCGCCCUGAUUUUUGAAGACGGGAUAUCGCAUAUUCAGACCGCAGCGCUGCUCACGCUUUUGCAUUCUACGGGAUUGGAUCGCGAUGCUGAAGUCAUUGCCAAGUGCUCGCAUCGCAUGCGCGAGGCUGCUCGCCAGGUCGACCGGCCUACUCUGAAGGCUGCUAUCAAGUCGCGGGGAAAGAAAGAGGGCAACUACAGGGGUGGUCUGUGCGAUAUCGUUGGUACCGGUGGAGACAUGCAUUCUACCUUCAACAUUUCCACAACCUCUUCGAUCAUUGCCUCCCCUCUCCUCAUGACCGCCAAACAUGGCAACCGGGCCCAGACCUCUUUCUCCGGAUCUGCCGACGUCCUGAACGCCAUUACUCCUGUGCCCCCGAAGAUCGGCGCAGUUAACGCCGACAACCUUCCCCAGGUCUAUGCGGAGACCAACUACUCCUUCCUGUUUGCUCCCAACUUCCACUUCGGCAUGAUGUACGCCGACCCUGUCCGGCGUGGGCUUGGACUUCGGACAAUCUUCAACUUGAUGGGACCCCUUGCCAACCCAGUCGACUGGGCUAUCGAGGCGCGUGUUGUUGGUGUGGCCUACCAGAGCUUGGGUCCUGUGUUUGUGGAGGCAUUGCGACAGAACGGAUGCAAGAAGGCGCUUGUUGUUUGCGGUGAGGAGGAUCUGGACGAGAUCAGCUGCGCAGGAAAGACAAACUGCUGGCAACUAACGGAAUAUCCUAACCCCGCGUACCAAGGGUCCCAGGAGGAUGAGUGCUCGUGCGAUGAGGAGGAACACCCCCGCACCUUGGUCAAGAUGGAAAUGUUCCAAUUGCACCCGUCCGAUUUUGGCCUGCCAACUCACCCGCUGUCUGACGUUGGCGGCAGAAAGAUGCCCAAGGACAACGCAGCCAAGCUGAUGAGCAUUCUGCGGAAUGAGUUGUCCCGGGAUGAUCCCAUCCUGAGCUUCGUCCUCAUGAACGUGGCUGCCCUCCUAACGGUGUCGGGUAUCUGUGAUGCGGACACCAGCAACAUGGGGCCUGGCGAUGACGGUCAGGUCAUCACUGAGCGCGGCCCUGGUGGCGGGCGCUGGAAGGAGGGUGUCCGCCGAGCUCGCUGGGCCGUUGAGAGCGGCGCUGCUCUCAAGUCGUUUGAGCACUUCAUUGAAGUCACGAACCGGCUUUAAUGAUAUCAACGGCUUCCAUUUCUCUAACCACUCAUUCUCUUCUGACUCUCGGGUUUUUCUGUGGCUAAAAAGUAUAGGCCAACUUGUUCUUCGAACAACAGUAUGGCUAUAAUUUUUUGGGUAGUAGUGAAUAGUUUAUGAUACCGUAACCAUCGAAACGAAUACUGUUCAAGACACUCAA